UAUGUUUGUUUGUGUUGACGAGGGGAGGAGUGUAAAUGGGUGAAGGUAAUGCUACUCACACCGGAGGCCUGUAGUAUUGGGAGCGGUGGGCAAGCUGGGAGGAGUGCAGGCUAGCACAGUGGCCUUCUCUAGCUGCAGGAGAUGGAGCCGUCCCUGUUGAGCCUGGAGAAGUUGGACCGGUCCAGUCCAGAUUUAUGGCCAGAGCAGAGUGUUUCUUCAGUUCCAGGAGUGUAUGACUUUGCACCACUGCUGUCACCUCAGCUCAGUCCUGACCCUCAGAACCUGGACCUGGAAGAACAAGACUUUAAUCUUCUAUAUCAAUUCCGGUUACUUACUGCUCUUGAAAUAAUAGAAGAAGUGAAGAAGCUGCAAAAUGUGGCUUAUCAGCUCGGUUUGGAAGAGGCCAAGGAGAUGACUCGAGGCAAAUACCUUCACAUUCUCAAUAACAAGAAACCCAAGUGACGGACCACUAACACUGGUGUGUCAUGAGUUGUGAUGACUCUAAAUAAUAAUGUAAAUAUGUAGUUACACGUACAGUAUAUAUAUACUAUAUACAUAUAUAAACAAAUUUGUAACAUACAUGAUGUUAUCUGGUUUUUCUUUUUAAAGUUUUGUAGUAUAUGUACAUGUGGAAAAUGGUCAUACUGUCACACAAUUGAUAGGAGAGCAAGUGUACCAGAUCUCACAAAAUGCAUGGCUCUGGGUAUUUGUGGUGUUGUGGAGAACACUGAUGAUCUAGCUAAUGUCUAUGCUAGUGAAAACAUAAUUUCCUUAGUAUUAUGUUUGUAAUUCAUUAUUGUGUAACUUCACUUCUAACAUGGUGCUCAAUACAUGCUUAUUUAAGUAAUAUUUACUUGAUUUAUUUUUACUUAUUUAUUAAUUUUUUUUUUAUAUAUUUUCAUUUUUAUUUUUUUAUUUAGUAGUUGCCUGCACUGAAUUUCCCAGACAUUUUACUUAUGGGAUAGGAAAUACAACUUACCUGGAACAUAUUAUGUGCUUGCUCAAAUGGUGUACUGCAACUUUCAUUAGGUCAUUUCCCUCUUUGAUGUGCUUUGUAGUCAGUUUGGCAUGUGAACCAAACAUACUGUACUUUUCCCUACUUUAGGUCAUGACUAGUUUGGGUCAGCAGUCUUACGUGUUUUUCAUUAGCCAACUUAUCAUUAUAUAUCUCCCCCAACAAACUUUAGGUUUUCACUUUUAGAAUGGUACAGUAACUUGAUUUAGUAGAAAAGAACUUUUGCAAAAUAGAUAAAAUAUACAGUAUAAUGUACUUUAUGUGCAAGAAGAGAAAUGGUGAUGGAGAUGUUUGGUAGAUCUGUUAACACUUUACCUUUCCGCAGCAGGCAGUAUACACAGCUGUCAGACACAACUCACUUGCAGUUGUUUUUCCUGUAUCAUUCAUGAUAACAAGGGUACUGUUGUAACUAGUAUUUAAUGAAAGUACUAUAAUUUUCAUAAUUUUCCUGCAUUACAUUAUAAUGAAUCUAUGCAUGCUGGUGGUGUGAUUGUUUUUGCAUGAGAAAAGUGAAGUAGAUUGCUUGGCAGGAAGGUGGACACUGGCAUUCAGCUCAUCACAUUUUUGUAGUGUGAGAACCUGCAAGCUGCUGAAGGUUUUUAUGAAGAAUAUUUCAUUCUUAGACUGACAAUGAGUAUUAUUGAGUCAAGUUCAUCAGAGUCUGAACACUCCAGUACAUUACUUUCUGUAUGAAGGUUUAGGAAUUCAGAUUAGUGUUUCUACCUGCUGUUAUUAUUAGGUUUAGGUAUAAUGUGUGCAAUAUAGGUGUAAUUGGCAAGCUGCAGUGCAUGGUAUAAUUCAUGUUAUUUUUCAUUGAAAUGGUCCAUACAUAGACUACAUAUGUAUUGCAUAUUAAUGUAUUGAAAAUAUCUUCUAUCACAUAAUAAUUGAAGUAAAUAUUCAAAAUUAAAUAUAGCAGCUACACAGGUUCUUGAUUUCAUAGUCUCUUAGUGUUUGAUCAGAGUUUAAAAUGACUAAAGGGUGAUUCUUUGUUGUGUAACUCUAGCACCUGGAACCUGGGUACCAGUGUUUGUGUGGGACACUGCAAAUCCUGAAUGAGUGAUAAUUAUGUGAAUUAUUAGGGAGGUUUGUGUGAUAAUUAUGUGAAUUAUUGGGGAGGUUUGUGAUAGUGUACAGUGCCUAGAGCAUAGUAACUCCACAUUUUUCUCUCUACCUCCUCAAGCCUCUUGUGUCAACAAUCCAUCCUGAAGUUUUCCUUUCACACCACAGUAGAUAUCAAAGUAUAGUAUCUCUUCUGGCAGCUAUGAUUAUACAUCCCAUGACAUCUCAGACUAAGAUUAUCUCUUGGCCCUAUUAUACUUCAUAACUUAUGAACUUAAGAGGUUGAAAUUAAAUACUUGUCAAAAAUAUUAGCAAAGCAUGUGCAAAGAGAUUCUUCAAUUAUACAAUGUAGCAACGGAUAAAGUUUUACAUCAUGAGCCCACUUAACACUUGUCUGUCUUCCUGUGUUCUUUGAACCACACUGACAUACCAGGACGACUGUUGUUCGUCUUUGUCAUGGAGAGCAUUGAGUAGAGCCAUCCUGCUUUUGGGAAAUAUUGAAGACUUCAGCCGAAUGGUGUUGAACAGUGGUUACUGAAACUUUGUCGAUCUGUUACUGUUGACAUGAUAAUCUUGUGUAGAACCUCUAGGAUAUAUUUCACACAUGACUUUUUGUUCUUCUGGAAAUAACUAAGUUGUAGCAUUUGGGUAAUCUUAUUUUAUCCCGCCCUUUGUAAAGCUAGAUGGAGAUAAUUGUGGCUUCAGGUUGCAGUCUGUGUAGUAUCUGUUGGCACAAGACAGGUGGCAUCUAAUGCCACAAUUGUUCUUAGGCAGACAUUACUGAGCAGCACAAAGACUCACUUACCUGUGGUCAUUAAAAGAAUGGUCUCUUUCCCUUCAGAAUAUUAUCCAUGACACUGCCACCACUGCUUUCCAAUCACUUACCCAAUACUGAAGGUGAAUAGGCACUUGAGGUGUUUCAUGAAGAUUACAAUUAAUAGGUAGUAUUUUAUGAACAUUGUCAUUAAGGAGACUUUAUUAAAGCUGGAUAUGAGCCGUACAGUAGGUACUGCAAGGACUAAGUUGUAUAGAUCAUAUCUUAGGAGCUACACUAUAUGUACACAAAGUGACAAGAGUAAAGAUAGUCCUCGUUUAUAUAUCAUGAGCUGGUGUUGAUUAGUUGGCUGGUUGCUAAGGUGUCAUGUCAGUAGGAGGCAAAUAUUUCCUUACAUAUAUAAAUUACAGACAUUGUAUUAAAACUGGUAUAUAAAUAUGCAAAAAUGUAUUGAUAUACCUAAUAUCUUUCUAAUUUAAAAUGUUUACAGAGGUAAAAGGGCAUUUCCUUGUACUCAGCAUACACAUCACUACAGCAAGCACCCUCACAUCAACACACAAACAUAAAAAAAACACACUUCAUAUGAAGUUCAGUUGAGUAUCUUCCUUUAUUACAUUAUAAAAGAAUGAAGUCUGCCUGUGAACAUCUUUGGUUUACUGCAUCUAUGGCUAAAUAUAAUAUAAAUAAAACCUACUUUUAAGA